GGUCGCUGCUGGGGCCGCCCCCCUCGCCGGGCCCGGCGCGCCCCCGGCCUGUGCCUGCGGCGCCGCCCGCGAGGCCUGUAGGGGCCGGGGGCAGCGGCGGCAUGAGGAGCCGCUGCGGCCGCCGGCAGUGAAUGGGCAUCGCGGCGGAGCGGGAGCAGCCGGAGCCGGAGGCGCGGCCGCCGCCGUCGCGAUGGCUCAGGAGAAAAUGGAGCUGGACCUGGAGCUGCCGCCGGGGAGCGCCGCGGCCCCGAGCGACGGGGGCGGCCUGAGGAGAUCCAACAGCGCCCCGCUCAUCCACGGGCUCAGUGACAACUCGCAGGUUUUUCAGCCUUACGUGCUGCGAACUCGCAGGAACAGCACAACAGUUACGAGCCGUCACAGCAUGUUGUUGUCAUCAUCUCCUAUUCGUAUUCCUAGUAGCCGACUUCAUCAGAUCAGAAGGGAGGAGGGAGUGGAUUUAAUGAACCGAGAAACAGCCCAUGAAAGGGAAGUGCAGACAGCUAUGCAGAUAAGCCAGUCAUGGGAGGAAAGCUUGAGCCUGAGCGACAAUGACUUGGACAAGUCUGAGAAAUCUUCCUCCCCAAAGAGAAUAGACUUCAUUCCAGUUUCGCCUGCACCUUCACCUACAAGAGGAAUAGGAAAGCAAUGCUUUUCACCAUCAUUGCAAAUGUUUGUGAGCAGUAAUGGGUUACCUCCGAGUCCUAUUCCCAGUCCAACAAGGCGAUUCACCAACAGGAGGAGUCAAAGUCCUAUUAACUGUAUCAGGCCCAGUGUUCUUGGCCCCAUUAAAAGAAAAGGUGAAAUGGAAACUGAAAGUCAGCCAAAGAGACUUUUUCAAGGAACAACCAACAUGCUUUCUCCAGAUGUUACACAUCUGACCGAUCUGAGUUCAUGCCUGUCUUCAGAUAUUCUUGAUGGGAGCAGCAGCAGUGUUGGCUCGUCCUCUGACUCGCUGACUAAAGGCAGCAUAACCACAGAGUCUCCAGUGACAUGCUCCAACUCAUGCUCUUCGUUCAUUCUGAUGGAUGAUCUCUCACCUAAGUGACUUAAUCUGUGUCUGGUUGUGCUGUUUCCUCACUGUACACUCGUACAGAGAAAUGAACUCUCAUUCUUGAACCAUUAACAUAAGGAUUACUGAAAGAAAACUAUUCUUGUUCCUUUAAUCCUUGGUGACUUUCCAGUGAUUUUGAUAUUUUUCCAUUUAAUGGACGUUGUAGACCAUAUUAAUGUCUGUUUUUGCAAAUUUGUGGUUUUUUUAAACAAGAUGUCUGCUCAGAUUAUACUAACUUUUUGCUUUCAGGAACUUGCAUACACAAUUUGAUUCCAAGAAUAGGUAUCUGCCUAGUAGUGUUGCAAUUUGUAGGAGAAUUACUUCUAUUAUUAUUGUGGUCACUAUGUCUAGGGAAAGAAUUUGAUUUGGAGGGAUUUGAAAAAGCUGAUUUAUUCUCUGGCACUUCUACCACUGAGUAAAAAUAUUCUCCUUGGUGUUUUUUAUCUUUAGUCACUAGCUAAAAAUUCUUCUGUGGAAGGAAGGAUAACCUUUUCUUAGUGCUGCUAGUCGUUUUUCUUACAGUGGGUGUGGAAAUCUCCCUCUCUUACAUUAAAAACCCACAACAAAAUGAUUGGCACUUUUGCCGCCAGUGAAGAAAUAACAGUACUCUACAAACAUGAUUAAAAUGGCUGCAUAGUUCUCCCCCCAGAUCCUUUACCCUACAGAUUUUAUGAAAUGAGGUCAAUAUUCAGCAAGGUUUGGCCAAGGAAAAUGAAUCCAUGCCUCCAUCUAAGACAUACAGUGCAGAUAACAAAGUUAUUUAAACUACUGUGUAGGAGAACCAUGUUUGGCACCGCCGAUGUCUCCCGUGGCAUUGAGGUCAGAGGUAUUUUUGUGCCUUAGGGGGGCAUUGCUACAAAAUGAUGGAAUGUAAAACCAGAGGGGUGGGUGGGGAAAACCCUUUUAUGUACAGCUUCUCAUAGGGUGCUCACCAGAACCUGUCCUGGAGGCUGCUUUCCUUAGUGCUGCUCUCCGAGUGCUGUGGGCAGCCCCAGAGAGCAGCCGAGGUGAUGCCCUCUGCAGCUGCAUUUACACCUCCGUUGGUCCUGAGCAGGGCAAACAGCUGAGCAAAGAUUCCAUUUCUAAGGAAAGACUGAAAAGUUUGGAUUGAACAUGAGCUCUGAGUAUUGCUUGGCUUAUGUAUGAGCUCUGAGCAGGCUUGCUACAGUACCUUGGUCAGGCUGAGGUAAGACAAGAGAUAUUUUACUUUUUAAAGACUUUAACGGGGCAAAAUAAAUCCGUUUGUAAUCUACUGUGUUAUGCUAUUUAUUAUUUAUAACUAUGUAAAAAGUCUGUGGUGAUGAAUUAUAGUAUUUUUUUAUGAUUGAAUAAGUUUUUUAUGUUCAGUAAUUGCUGGCUGGUUUGUAUUUAAUACGCAACGUUGUCUGCCAGAAUCAUAAGCUUCCGGUUUUGAAUGUUUGUAACAUAAAUGCUUUUAUUACCUAAAAGUACAACUUCUGAUCUUUCUGAAAGAAAACAGCACUGAAUUUCAAGGAAGAUGAUGUGCUUGCAAAGGGAGCACAAGCUCUGGCAAUACUGUCUGGCUAAAAAAAGGGGAGGGGGACAACCAUAGUUCUUUGUGUUCUAAAGAAGCCAUUAAGUUCCCAGGAGACAUGUACAUACCAGGUUAUUUUUCCAAGUGUUCCCAUUCGAUUGUAAGCAAUCCCAUCGUGGGCCAACAGUGGCACUUUUAUUUGUAUUCUCCUUUUUCACCUGUGGAGCAUUAGUUCCCCACCUUGAAUAAAUGUGCAUAUUGUAAAA